AUAUCAAAUUGAGCCAAUUUUAAUGGGAGAAAAAUUAUAUAGUCUGUAAGCAGUUCCUCGAAAAGGCAACAAAACGGGACUUUCAAUUGCCUAAAAGGGUUUUACACACCCUAUUGUUGUACGCUUUUUUUUUUUUUUUUUUUUUUUUUGCACGCCUUUAAAGAAAUUUUAAAAGAAUUAAAAAGCAACUUGGCAAGCUUCACAAAACUGCAACAACAACACUUUUAAGUGAAAAAAGCGAAAAGGGCAGAACUGGACCAGUACACUGUUUUUAACUUUUCGGUGUACCGCGCGUGUUGUGCCAAUCAGGGGGAAAAAACACGCUCCUUGGUAGAAGCGAACGUUUGCGUCUAACUGUGAUUGUCCCGCUGCCAAGCUGAUCUGAAGGGAAGCACGCACCCUAAAUAUAUGCUUGUGCAUGUACGUGUGUCUAUACGUAUAAACACCCAUAUAGCUGCGCAGACCGACUGCCGCUUCCCAAAACUGCGUUCGAUCAACGCGAAAAAAAAGCACAACAGACGCGCUCCGCUUGCAAAUGGGGAACAUAUCCAGUGGGCAAACCAGGAAGCCAUUGACACUGCUUGAGCUAAGCACAAAGAUUGGGGAGUACCGAACGAUAAAUGAGGGAGACCCUGAGAUGGUCGAAGAUCCCGACUUCCCACGGAAGAUGAUGAACGAAGCAUUAAGCAACAACACAACGAUUGAUGGGAGCACCGUCCAAGGCACCUUCGUGUAUUACCCAAACAAAAUGAAGCCCAAGAUGUGGAUAGGGAAUUACAAAAUUUUGAAUCCUGAAGAUAUCCUUUGCACAAAUGUGGCCGAGAAAAUUGGGAUGACUGAAGCUGAGUGGAAGAACUAUGUCCAGGCGAGAAGGAAGGAACAGGAACAACCUAGUGAUGUCCAAAUCGUCCCCAACUUUGAUUCUCCCCCAGGAGAACACUCCAUGUCUUUAAAAGAAAUGAUGAACAGAGGCACUAUCGAACCUUUUUAUGGCGAGCAUGGAGAGUUUCCAUCAUACGGUGGAGCCCCAUUCACCACUGACCCAGUUGGUGCUCAUAAAAAAUAUAAAGGGGAAAAUUAUCAGAACUUUGAUCAACAAUCCCACAGUAACAGUUGCAUUAUGAAAGAUACAGGAGCUGACGAGGAUAUAUAUUACGAUAUGAACAGCACAAGAGAAGGGGAAGCGGGGCUUCCCUACAGAGUGGACAGCGUAGCGACGGUGGAACAAACACAUGUCCCGAGCAAACACAAACGGAGUGACUACACUGUGGAAGAAAGACACGAAGAGGCAAGGAGAAAAUAUAUACAAAAAUUAAACAAGGAAAUUACCAACAUAAAUGCACACCAAGAAAGAAUAAUUAAUGAAAAGCGAAAAGAUCUGUUUGCUUACUCAAAGUCCAACAUAAGUGAGCUGUCUCCUCCACAGAAUGGCGGAUCCGUUGGAAUAAAAAAUAUACGACGUUCAACAAAACAGGAUAUGAAAAAUAUAAUCACGGAACUUAUAAAUGAUAACAACAAAACGGCUACUUCGAAAAUGCAUUCUUUAAGGAAGAAGAAAAAGGAAGGGUAUGUCGAUUUGUCCUCCAUGAGUACGAAGGGAAGUUUGGAUAUGAAGGCAUCCCCCAUUGAUAAAGACGAGUCAUUGAGUAAGCGGGUACACGUCAAAAGGACCCUGGUGAAGUGA